GGGAAGCAUAAAAGCAGUGAGCUUUGGGGCUACCAACAGUUGAGAACUCAAGUUCCAACGGAGAGGGCAAAAUGAAGACAUCCGUUAUUUUGGUUCUGUUUGGCUUUGUACUCGCUGUCGGCUUUUCAGUCGCAGUAACUGAAAAUGAGUUGGCCGAGAUAGCAGAUGAAUAUGAAGCAGAAAAACUUCGAGGGUAAGUUGCAUCAAAAAAAUAACUGGAAAUGAGAACUGUAGUUACAAAAUGGACUGAAAUAAAAGAUGCCACUUCUACCGAGUUUCUCCUGUUUCAAAGAAGAAUAGAAAUUAAAUUAUGGACUGGCAAUUCCUCCGAAGACAAUUCAUUAAGCCAAAGGAAGGGGGGGGGGAACAGAAAUUUAUUGACGAUUUCCUUUUUAAGUUAUGGAAUCUAAGGUUAAGUUCAUAAAUGAAUUUUUAUCUGAAAGUGGAUUAUGUUUUAGACUUAUGGGCAAUUCUGAAGUGCUUCAUUGGAAAUGGUUUCAUUAUUUUUUCUUCAUAUUUCAGCGAAUACGACAUGAAAGAGAACGAUGGAGAGUUCGAUGAAGAGGAUCUAGAGGACAAUGAUAUGGCAAUCGCCAGAAGGUACGUUGAGGAAGAUAAAAUCAUUUUUGAUAGUUUUGGAAACUUGUGCGGUCAAAUGUUCUGAGUGACGACUCUCAGCAGAAAAUGUAGUCAGGGUCUUAAAGUAGUUGAGAAGAAUUGGUUACCUUAACAGUAACACUUGCAAAUGGUUAGAUGUUCUAGUCUCCUCGGAAAAGGAUGAUAAACCGUCUCCUGCAUUUCCUCGCUAGAGUAGGGGACGUAGCUUCUGGUGUUGUGCUGUGACCUCGAUGUUGAUCAGUUAUAUAGGCCCCCAUUUAAACCAGCUCCAAUAAAUAACCAAUUCGUUCAAGUUUAUCUUUUGUAAUCUUUUUUCUGUAACUCAUUAAAAGCGAAUUGGCCACCGAAGACGAGGAGUUUGACGAAAGAGCAUUCGAUAAUGACGAUGAUAGAGACGAAGUUAGUGACGAAGGUGACGUAACAGCAAUGGAAAAGUCAGCUGACCCCUUUAUUCGCUUUAGACGUAUUGGACGCAGAAUAGGACGUAGGAUCAGACGUCGUGUUCGUCCUGUUCGUCGAACAAUUCGUCGUGCAAUUCGUCGUGGUCGUCGUAUAUUUCGUCGUUUUCGCGGCUAACGCGGCCAACGAAGACCAUUUCUGUGAAGGUAAGUAGAAAUGAGAAAUGGGACUUGCAGCUCAUUCUCUCACUCAUCUCGAAGACAUAUAUAACUCGGUUUCCUGAAGGAGGCGGUAGCCACAAAAAUAGCUUAAAGGCUUUGGAGGAGUUCUAACUUUCAUCAUAUCGAUAGCUGUUUGCUGCACUAAAAUGAGGUAACUUUUGACCAACCCGAAGAGUGACUAGCAUCUAAAUUCUCCUUAAAAUGUCCUUCCUUAAUCACACAUUAAGGUCGCGAGAAUAAAGGAAACGAUCACCAACUAAAGAAGUUGUUGACUGUUAAAAAAAUUCCCCUUUUCAGCCGCUUAGGAAUUUUAUAAAGAACAGUAUGGAGAAUGUACAUACUAAUGUUAAAGUGUAAAGGAUUAAGAGUGACCCUCAUUAGUACCUAGGUUUGACUUUUCUCUUCCCUGGCAGGUCUUGAUGAAUACCAACCUCGAAAAUGCAUGAGUGAAGAACUUGGAACGACUAAUAGGACAGUUUUUAUGUUUCGGAAUAUUGUAAUACUUCUAAAAAAUAAAACUCCUCACCUGCUGAUGAAGUAUAAUGAGGAGGAAUUAAUGAAGUAGUAGUUAAAGAAAAUGUGAUUUGCUAUAAGUUUGCGUCAACAGAAAUAAAU